AUGUUAUGCUCCUAUAGUGAGGAAAUUUUCCAACGAGUGAAAGUAUCGGUACCUGAUAUAACGGGCGAGCGAGCAGGCCGAGCAGUAUAUAACACUGUAGAGCCUGUCGAGGUGACAAGUUUUCUCUCAGUAGCAACAUGUGGACAUGGUGGUCAUGGCGGAGGAUAUGGGCAUGGAGGUGGACACGGCGGUGGAUACGGACACGGAGGCCAUGGGCACGGAGGUGGAUAUGGAGUAGGCGGCAUCUCGAACAGUAAUUUCAACCUGGCAGGUCCUAAGGGUGGAUAUGGCCAUGGGGGUGGCCACGGUGGUGGAUACGGCCAUGGAGGUGGCCACGGAGGUGGAUAUGGUCAUGGUGGCGGCCACGGAGGUGGAUAUGGUCAUGGAGGCGGCCACGGCGGAUAUGGCCACUAACAUCAAACUCUAGGAUUAGGUUAUAUAUUUUGAGCUAUUACCUCAGAUUUCUUAACUAAUGUAACA